AUGCUGCGACGAAAAUAUGGACAGGCUGGACUUAGACAUGGCGAUGACCUCAUCGUAACACCAUUCGCUCAACUGCUCGCCAGCCUUCGAAAUGUCCGAGCAAAUCUUAUUUCCAUCGCCAACAUCCAGUCGGCGGACGACGGACGUCACGCGAAUCGCACAGCGAAGCGUCCACCGCUCCACAACACUCCGUUGCCCGAAAACGUCGUUACCUGUGCUCAGGAAACUCUCGAAGAACUCGACUGGUGUUUGGAUCAGUUGGAAACGAUUCAAACGCAUCGCUCCGUCUCAGAAAUGGCCUCCAGUAAGGUAAGCACAUAA